AUGGUGGUGAUCAAUGAUGUUGAUGAUGAUGAUGGUAGCGAUAAUGGUAGCGAUGAUGGUGGUGAUGAUGAUGGUAGUGAUCAAUGAUGGUAAUGACCAAUGAUGGUGAUGAUGAUGAUGGUAGUUUUCAAUGAGAUGAUGAUGGUAGCGAUGAUGGUAGUGAUCAAUUACGGUAAUUAUCAAGGAUGGUAGCGAUCAAUGAUGCUGCUGAUGAUGAUAGUAGUGAUGAUGGUAGCGAUAAUGGUGGUGACGAUGAUGGUAGUGAUCAAUGAUAGUAGUGACCAAUGAUGAUGAGGAUGGUAGUGAUCAAUGAUAGUGAUGAUGGUAGUUUUCAAUGAGAUGAUGAUGGUAGCGAUGAUGGUGGUGUUGAUGAUGGUAGUGAUGAUGAUGGUGACGAUGUUGAUGAUGAUGGUAGUGAUAAUGGUGGUGAUAAUGAUGGUAGUGGGGAUUAUGUUGGUGGUUAUGGUCAUGCGUCCUUUGUGUGA